AUGUCUGACGCCGGAUCGGAAAUCGCCUCCAACGUUGAGCAGGUCGAGCAGGUCGAGCAGGUCGCCGACAACUCGGGCCCCAUGUCGGUCGAGGACGCCCUGCAGGAGGUCAUCAAGACCGCCCUCAUCCACGACGGCCUUGCCCGUGGUCUCCGCGAGUCGGCCAAGGCUCUUGACAAGCGUGAGGCGCACCUCUGCGUCCUCGUCGAGACCGUCACUGAGGCCGAGUACUCGAAGCUCAUCGAGGCCCUCUGCGCUGAGCACAACAUCCAGCUCAUCAAGGUCUCGGACGCCAAGGUCCUCGGCCAGUGGGCCGGUCUCUCGAAGAUCGACCGCGAGGGCAAGCCCCGCAAGGUCGUCGGCUGCUCGUGUGUUGUUGUCACCAACUACGGUGCCGAGACCGCCGGCCUCCAGGUCCUCCUCGACUACUUCAAGACCCGCUAA